CUACAAAAUAAGAUGUUGAACGAAAGAAACUGAUCAUUGGCCACCAACUGGGAUCAUUUGAGACUAGGGUCAUAGUUGAGGAUGGUUGUAAGUGAGUGGGGAACUUAGUGGACAUAUAACAAUGAUGUUCAGGCUAGAUCUUAUAUUCCAUCACUCAGCCUCUAUAUGAUACGCCCAAAUCGGCGGAAUAUGAGAUGGAUAUCUAUUCCUGCCUCGAAACCCUUGACUGAUUGAUGACCGGAUCUUUGCAGAUUUAUAGUCAUCUAUCACAGGUCUGGGCAUGGUAUGACCGAUCCUCGAUGAGCGUCGGCAUUGGAUUGGCAGCGAUUGGCCUCGCUGGCCAAGACUGGGUCGUAGAGGCUAACAGCACAAAAUAGAAUGCGUUGAAAUGAAGCAAACAGAUAACCCACCUCAAACCCACCUAUUCCACAGACUGUCAACACCUUCUGCAACGCUUGUAAGCCCCUCGAUUCUCAAACCGCCUACUCCUCUGGCAUCUGUCGCAUUAUGCCCACCCCAUUGCUCUCUGCCUCAGUCAUCGGGCUAUCAUGCCACAGUGAGGAUGGGAUAAAAGCUAUGCACAAACGUUAUCGUAAAUAUUAGAAUCCAAUGCAAAACGCACUAACGCUAUCAAAGCCAGGCUGGUGGGUUCAUUUUUCUUUUUCUGUCUUAUCUUCCCGCGGUCCAUAUACG